AUGCAGAGCCGCUUCGGCCAGGGCCUCAUGCAGCGCAUCAGGCACGGGCACAGUCAGUCCGCCGAGGUGGCAGCGCAGACUAUGGCGCCCAAGUGCCGCCCAAGCGGCCAGGGCGGCAUGCACCACGGCACUUUCAAGGCGACCGCGCGUCGCAAAGGCGAAUGGAAGGAGGACUGGAACGAGAUGUUGGCCGACCCGCUCAACCGCGCCAUCGUAGUGGAGUGGGAUGCCACCCUCAAUCACAGGCUGCCUGAUCACGUCGACGAGAUGCUUGGGCAGAUCCGCUCGGACAUGUGGCGCCUACAGCGGGACCUCAGCCUGCCCUCCCAGCCGUUCAAGGAUGCCGUCGAAGUGCUCGACUCCGGAGGCACGGCGGUUAAGAGCAGCCUCAGGAGGAGGCAGAUGGAACUCUCCCGCCAGAUCAAGGAGAAUAUCCAGGACCUCAUGAGUGAGAGCUACGCGAGGGCAGAAGGUGAACGGGGCCCAGGCAUGGACGUGCGGCAGAAGCAGGUGAUCCAUGACCAGGUCUCUCACAACGGCCCCGACAUGUUCAGAAAAGCCUCGGACUUCCUCACCGGGGAGCUCGACGGCCUGCUCGAGCACCUGAGGGAACAGCUUGCUGCGCUCGAGCAUGAUGUGCUGGUCGCCCUCGAGCGCGCGAUGGUCCUCACGUGCGCGCACGCCGACGAGAUGAAAGCUCUCCAGCGCCUUCGCGACGCGUGCGCGUCGUCGGUGGCAGGUGCUCUUUCCGACAUUUCCGCCAUUGCCGCCCAGUGUCAGGAGCUGAGCGAGCUCGCUUCCGCCAAAGAGGCGGCCGUGCGAGUUGACAAUGCCACGGAUGACGGCGCCACGGAUGAGUCUGCGGAGAUUCCUCACGAGUGUUUUUGCCCGAUCACCCAGAGCAUCAUGAGUGAUCCGGUGAGCACCGCCGAUGGGCACACCUACGAGCGCGCGUCCAUCGAGAAGUGGCUGGAGGAAAACACCACCUCGCCGGUCACAGGUCUGCACCUCACCAACAGGACGCUGAUCCCCAACCACAGUUUGCGUAAAAUCAUCGGCGAUUUGGGCCUGUCGUGA